AUGCAAUUUUCACUUCAAAUCCUGCCACUAAGCCUUCAAGAAUCCGUGCUUAAACAAGUCCGCAUUCAUGAGGCUCUCAAAUUAUUGACGCUGACUAGAAAUCUUCGUUUGUUUUUUCUAAAGAAUGGGCCAUUUCCACAAAAGUUGAAUGCUUUAGAAAUCACUUUUUCAAAAGGGCAUGAGAAUGAGAUCGACUCUACUCAUAUGGUGAGCAUGAUAUUCAUUCAAGCGGAGCCCCACGGCGUGCCCAAUCGCUAUCACCUAUCUAGUCAUUCCGGCACUUUUGAAGAGGAAAAUUCGCAAAUAAUGGGCCCUCGCUCUGGACCUCUUUUCAGCACAAUUCGAAGCUGCAAAAGUUUGACGGUGAAAAUCGAAAAGGAAAGCCAACCACCACCGAUCUAUCCACCAAGCAUUUCCCAUCACCGAAUGAUCAACAAUGCUGUCCAUCAUCGACGUCAUAUGCCAGCACUACCGCCGGGAGCUAACCAAAUGAUGCCGAUGUACGGAAAUGCCGCUGGUCAAAUGAUGCCGAUCCCUCCAAUGAUGCAGCCGAUCCGGCGUCCAAUGAUGCAGCCGCAGAUGGGAAAUGGCCACAUGGUAGUGCAAGCCGCUGGGAAGGGAUGGUUUGGGCAAGUUUGUGGGAAUUUCCCGAAACCCUCUGUUCAUCAAGGGCCACCAAAAAAAGCGACAAAAAUCAAAUCACCAAAAUCCCCCCGCAUUCUCCCUUUGCAA